GUUAUUGUGUUUUUCGAUUUUGUUGUUGUUUCUUCCCGAUCGCGAACUCGAAAUCGUGAAAUUUAUUUUCGUUGUGUUUAGCGAAAUUUUCAUUAUUGUCGCUCAUGAUACACUAGUGCAAUCAUGAAUGAAAUUGACGAUAAGUUUUAUUACGUGUACAGUUCAUCAUUGGAUUACAAAGUAGAAAUAAAAAUUGGUACAUUAGAGGGCAAGCGCACCAAGCCGGAAUAUGACAAGCUAUUGUGUGACCCCAUGCUGAAGUUUUCAGGGCUGUACCAAGAGGGUUGCUCAGAUUUGUAUGUAACAUGUCAGGUGUUGUGUGAUGGUGUGCCCCUGGCCUUACCUGUCACUACUUCAUACAAGGCCUUUACUAACAGGUGGAAUUGGAACGAAUGGGUGACAUUGCCAGUGUACUUCAGUGACCUGCCUCGCAAUGCGACCCUUGCUAUGACCAUCUAUGACUGUGCUGGCCCUGGCAAAGUUAUGGUGGUCGGGGGAACGACCAUAUCACUGUUCGGUAAACAUGGGAUGCUUCGACAGGGUAUGUUCGACUUGCGAGUCUGGCCAGGCGUGGAAGGCAGCGAGAAGACCCCAGGGAAGGCUCCAGACACAGGGAAGGAGCAGAUGCAAAGACUAGGCAAACUUGCGAAGAAACACCGCAAUGGACAUAUGCCAAAGGUCGACUGGCUGGACAGAUUAACAUUCAGAGAAAUAGAAAUGAUCAAUGAAAAAGAGAAAAGAAGUUCGGACUACAUGUACCUCAUGAUCGAGUUUCCCACCGUACAAAUUGACGGUACCAAUCACGCAGUUGUUUACUACGAACAAGAUGGCGACGAAAUGUAUCAGUUCCGUGCCCAAGCGGACAUUGUCACUGUACCUGACUACGAAAUAUUACAGGAAAAUCUGGUGGAGAGUAAGCAACACCGACUGGCGCGUUCGCUGCGGUCCGGCGUGUCGGGGCGGGACGCGAAGCCGACGGCGUCCGAGCGCGACCAGCUGUCCGCCAUCGUAGCCUCGCCCCCCGCCCAGCCCCUCGCCGCCGCUGACCAAGACCUGCUGUGGAAGUUCAGGUUUUACCUGUCGUCGCAUCGGCGCGCGCUGACCAAAUUCCUGGAGUGUGUCAACUGGAACCGGCCCGCGGAGGUGCGGCAGGCGUUGGCUAUGAUGAAGCAAUGGGCACCGAUGGACGUGGAAGACGCUCUGGAACUACUCACACCUAAAUUCACACACCCAGCUGUCAGGAAGUACGCUAUAUCUCGUUUAAAACAAGCGCCCGACGAAGACCUGCUUCUGUAUUUGUUGCAGCUGGUACAAGCGCUGAAAUACGAAGAUUUCAUGGAAAUACAUGAAGAGUAUUCCCGAUUGUGCGGCAGUAAGGACACGCCAUACGAAUCUGACGGGAAACUGAUGCAGAGCCAGCGAGGAAGCCAGGCUAGUCUACUCUCAGCUUCAGUGCUGACGAAUAGUGAGUUGACGUCGUCGAUCUCCAGCCGCCGCUCGGAGCCCGUGGACGAGGCCGCGUCGGCCGCUGAAGAAACCUUAGUGGCCAGCCACGCCGAUACUGACGCUUAUUCAACGAGUUCAGAUUCGGAAGAGCGUCUAAACUUGGCAACCUUCCUGAUCUCCCGCGCAUGUAACAACAGUUCGUUGGCCAAUUAUUUGUACUGGUACCUGCUGUGCGAGUGCGAGGACCGCGACGCGCCGCAGGACCUGCAGCACCGCAGCAUGUACCUCACCGUCAUGAGGAGCUUCUCCAUGCGGCUGGCUAAAGGUAACACAGACCACCAGCGCACUCGUUCGUUCCUCGCUCGCCAACAACUCUUCAUAGACAAACUUGUGAAACUUAUCAAAACUGUCACCCGUGAAAGUGGCAACCGGAACAAAAAGGCGGAACGCCUGCAACAACUCCUAGCCGAUCCUGAUGCCUUCAAAUUCAACUUUACCAACUUCGAACCCAUGCCUUUCCCACUAGACCCUAACGUAACGAUCAAAGGAAUCGUCGCCAAAAAAGCCAGCCUGUUCAAAUCAGCCCUAAUGCCUUCAAAACUGACAUUUUUAACCACAGAGGGAAUCGAAUACGAAGCAAUCUUCAAACACGGCGACGAUUUGCGCCAAGACCAACUAAUCCUACAAAUGAUUACUCUAAUGGACAAAUUAUUAAGACGAGAAAACUUAGAUUUGAAGUUAACACCAUAUAAAGUAUUAGCGACGAGUUCGAAGCAUGGUUUCUUACAGUUUAUUGAGUCAGUGACGGUGGCUGAGGCUUUGGCGACGGAAGGCAGCAUACAGAAUUUCUUUAGGAAAUACAACCCUUGUGAAGGAGCCCCGUAUGGGAUUAAGCCUGAAACUAUGGACACAUAUAUCAGGAGUUGUGCGGGGUAUUGCGUGAUCACUUAUUUACUUGGCGUGGGCGACCGGCACCUGGACAACCUGCUGCUGACGCGCGCGGGCGCGCUGUUCCACAUCGACUUCGGCUACAUCCUGGGCCGCGACCCCAAGCCGCUGCCGCCGCCCAUGAAGCUCAGCAAGGAGAUGGUGGAGGCCAUGGGCGGCGUGCACUCCGAACACUACCACGAGUUCAGGAAACAGUGCUACACCGCCUUCUUGCAUCUUAGAAGACACGCGAACCUAAUGCUGAACCUGUUCUCUCUAAUGGUGGACGCGUCCGUGCCCGACAUCGCGCUAGAGCCGGACAAGGCUGUCAAGAAGGUGCAGGACAAACUCAGACUGGACCUUGGUGAUGAAGAAGCAGUGCACUAUCUCCAGAACCUUCUAGAUAUGUCAGUAACAGCCGUAAUGGCUGUUCUAGUAGAGCAUUUCCACAAAUUCGCUCAGUAUUGGCGGAAGUAACCUAUUUAUUUAUGUAACAAGAUGUCGUUCAUAAUCUCAAAAUGUAUUUUUUCGUUUUAAGUCAUUGACACUAAAGUUCCUGAAACAUUUAGUUUUUUGCCUAUUACAUAAUUCCAGAUCAAUAUUUGUUUGAUGUUUAAGGAAAUAGUUCUGUCCACAAAAUGUAAUCAAGCUUUAUGGGAAUUUAUCCCUAUUUUUGCUCAGAAUAUGUGUGUAAGAAAUGAAAUACAUAUAAUUUUUGUACUGUGAUAUAAUAAUGUUGUAAGUAUCAGAUAUAAAUAAAACUAUUUUAAUAA